AUGAUUGGGCCCCCGGUAGUGGAAUUGCGUGAGCCGCAUACACAAAAGCUCGCGACGGCAGAGGUAGCUGAGCCCAACCCAACCCUAUCAGAGGGACUAGACUCCCGAAACGCGACAAUCCCAGAUGCAGAGACUCUCAAUGCAGUCAACCCAGAUUAUUCAGUUGAAGAAUCCGGUCGAGAAUACUCUCGAGUGUCUAUGGUGAUGAUGGUUGUCUUCAGUGGUCUGGCAAUUGGCUCAGACGGCUUCAAUGCGUCUAUCAUCGGUAACAUAGAACUAUUGAUGGAAGUCAUCUACCCACAAGCGCUCACGACCGCGGUCGCCGCUCGCCUAUCAAAUGCCUUUAUGGUUGGCAUGAUCAUCGGUAUGCUGUCAUUUGGAUAUAUCUCAGACAAGCUAGGUCGCAAAACCGGUGCUGUGCUUACAACUACCGUCUUGGUCCUUGGCAUUGCACUCAGUGCAGGUGCCAGCGGUCUCACUGAUAACGGAAUGUUUUGGAUGUUGAUUAUUGCCAGAGGCAUUGCAGGAGUUGGCGCAGGGGGGGAGUACCCAGUCGCCGGUGCAGGUGCAGCAGAAGCAACCGACGAAGCUCCGAGUGUGCGUAAGCGUAGGGGCUUCAUUUUCGCCAUGAUUGGGGAUCUCUCAGCAUCCCUGGGGUUUGCUUUUGGUGCAUUGGUGCCAUUGAUUCUACUUCUUUGCUUUCACCAGCAAGUGAAACACUACGAGGCCGUGUGGCGUGUCUCUCUCGCAAUGGGUGCUAUCGCUCCGCUUUCAAUAUUCUGGUUCCGGUAUCGAAUGGUCGUGAGCUCUGCGUAUCGAAAAAGCUCGAUGAAAAAGCAACCGAUUCCCUACAGAUUAGCAAUCAAGAAAUACUGGAGGUCAUUGCUGGGGGUUUGUGGUUCAUGGUUCAUCUACAACUACAUCUCCUAUCCGUUUGGACUUUUUUCUUCAACUAUCGUGGGCAGAGUCAACCCCUCAUCGUCCCUUGCCCUUACUAUGGCAUGGGGAACAUUGAUCAAUUGCUUCUAUAUCCCGGGAGCAUUUAUUGGAGGUCUGUUGUCCGACCGAAUUGGUCGUAGGCGCACCAUGGCACUAGGAUUCUUUCUUCAAGCCAUUCUUGGCUUCAUCCUGGGUGGCGCGCUGAGGCCAAUCCAAGCAAAACUGCCUCUCUUCAUUGUCUUGUAUGGGGUAUUCCUUACACUUGGCGAAGUUGGCCCAGGUGCUACCAUUGUUCUUACUGCCAGUGAGAGCUUUCCCACUGCUCUCCGUGGACACGGAGUUGGUAUGGCAGCAGCUUGGAGCAAGGCCGGUGCUGCUAUUGGAACACAAGUAUUCAAGCCCAUUCUAGCAAGCUGGGGGAAUGAUGAGCUUCAUGGUACACAGGCUGUGUUUCUAAUCGGAUCAGGAUUUGCCUUGCUAGGGGCUUGUCUGUCGUGGUUCGUUCUUCAAGAUAGUAACAAAAUCCUGGAUCAUGGCGACCAGGACUGGAAGGACUAUCUCAUAGCUCAUGGGUAUACGAACAUUGAGUGGGGUAUUCAGGAUCAGCCGGUCGUAGCAGAUACAAAAGUUGUCGAAUAA